GGCUGUUCGGAAGUCAGUGAAAAUGACGGUCUGUUUGGCAUAGUGUGAAUGUGGGGGAAAACUGUUUUUCCAAUGACUUUCGAGAUAUUUCAACAACAAAAAUUUACCAGCUCCAAAAAAAAAAAAAGCUUUUGAUUAAUACAACAAUUAACUGAAUUAAAUACCAACUCAACGCAAAUCUUCAGCUGGCGAUGACGAAUUAUUCAGUGUUUCCAGUUGGUACUGUUUAAAAAAGAAAACGUUAGCUAAUUGCAAGAGAAAUGUUAUAAAUAAAUGAAAAUCAGAAACAAAAACAUUUCAAGUGCUGAUAUGUUACGCGUGUGGAUGAUUUUCUAAUGUCCAGAGAACUUAUGCGAGUUAACGACGCGAGUUUAAAGACGCAAUGAAGUUACCAACAAUUAGUUAUCUUCGUGACAUUGUUAUCGUUAAAGACAUCAGUUUUACUGGACUCCAAGAAUAAUUUAAGGUGUUACUUACAUUGAGCCUAUUUGAGGUAAGUAACUGUGAAAAUUAGAAAACAGUAGAUUAUGUUUAAGUGACUAUUAACUCUACUGAUAACUUUGAGAAAGACAAGCAACGCAACUGGAAAUAAGUUUUUGUAUUUAAAGAAGAAAUCUGUAUGAAUGUACGCGACAAAUAUAUUUACUUGCUAAUGAGGCAGAAGCUAAAGGAGAUAAAAUCGAUUUCUGGUCACAAUUAGACGCACACAGAAACCAAAGAUGUCGAAAAUGGAAGAGAAUUUGUCAGGGAACUGUAGAAAAUUGUUCUGAUGGAGGUGUCCAGCAGAAGUAACCGAUUAACUUUGGUCCUGAUGAUCAUCUGUGAAGAAGCACUUCUCCAGAACGCAAAGCACGACCGAAUAGUCUGCACGGUUCAUUUUCGUGAGGAAAUUUUUCUAUAAGGGUGCUGCAAGGUUUACUGUUGGAGCCCUUUCUAUGAAAGGGGCGGCUGUGUAUUAGAAUACUAUGGUAUUGGAGACGGGAGGGUUACCACCCCCGUUACAACUCUACGCUGCCGCUGCAGCAGCCGCCACUGGGGGCAGUGCUUGUUUAACGAGGCCUCCUGUCAUGCCUCCGUUUUUCCACGCGUCAACACAUUUUGCAACAUCUCGGAGCGGUGGGGCGACUGGGGGAUUCCCCAUGGGUCUCGCCGGGUUUGCCGUACCACCUGGGUUCCUGCAUCAUCACGGAGCUGCAGCAUUGAGUCCCAGGUUCGCAUCUCUGGCAGCGUCUGUUGUCGGAGCAAACAAUCGGCAGCACGAAGCGGGAGGGCCCGUGGAUCUGGGAACCGGCAGCGUCAUCAGAAGGAGGGUGCUGCAACUGAGCGACGAUAGCGCGUCUGGGGGAGCGUCACCUAAGAAAGACGGGGACGGAGAUGCCGAUCUAGGGGGCAGCACCGGUGGCGGCGGCGGAGGGAAGCGCCGUCGGUCGCGGACCAACUUCAACAGCUGGCAGUUGGAGGAACUGGAGCGGGCCUUCCUGGCGAGCCACUACCCGGAUGUGUUCAUGAGGGAGGCGCUCGCAAUGAGACUGGACCUCAAGGAGUCGCGGGUCGCGGUUUGGUUCCAGAACCGGCGCGCCAAGUGGCGGAAGAAGGAACACACGAAGAAAGGGCCAGGGCGCCCUGCGCACAACGCACACCCGCAGACGUGCAGCGGGGAGCCUAUCCCGGAGGAGGAGCUGCUGCGGAAGGAGCGAGAGCGACGCGAGAAGAAACUCAUGAAGUCACUGCAGCGACAGCAGCGCAAACUGGCGGCAAAGGGAAUAGCAGUCGACAUGGCUACCUUGAGGCGAGAGUGGGAGCAGCAACAGGGAAAGAAAGUAGCCUCUAGGGUCCAACAGUCGUCUUCUCAACAGACAUCUGUUCUGAACAACAACAACAAUGACUCUUCAAGCUGCUGCAGCAACACUAACAGUUCUGCUGCUAGGGAUAUAGAGAUAGACGUCGUUGGGGAUGAUAGCGACAGUGAAGGUGAUGACAAUUCGUCUAGAAAAAGUGAUUCAGGACCGGUUAGUUUUGUAACUGUUUCACCGUCAUCAACCGCUAGGGAUGAAGAAGAGUUUGGUGAUCGUCUGAGAGUGGUGAAGAGGUCAGAAUUAUCAUUUGAACAUUACAGACAUCAACAAAAUUCGACCACUCCAACAAUCGAUCUCUCGACUGUUAAUAAGUGCAACAGUAAUGAUAAUAACAAACAGAGAAGAUUAAAUCCUUUCAGUAUAGAAUCUCUGCUCUCAAGAACGGAGCAUUCUGCAACUGUAAUGACCGAAAAUAACACGAAUCACAGCCGUACGAUGAGGGAGACACCUGGUGAUUUAACAACGAACUUGUGAUUCAAGUAACGGUUUUGCCGGAAUAUUUAUGUGUUUUAUUUUCUUUUUGUACACAACAAAUGAAAGUGGCGAGUUCGGUUCUGAAAUAAUAUUAAAUAGUAAUAAAUUAUGAUAUAUGAAAUAUGAAAAGGAAAUUUCGUAAACAUAAUCAAUACAAUAGUUACGUUAUUGUCGUGACUAAAUAGUAUGCCUUCGAGACAAAAUAAAACGCUAAUUAUAAAACCCUUUAUGAUGUAUAUAAAUAACAAACAUAUUUAAUAUUUACCAUUUUUAAAUCACAGAAGUUUAAUUGGGGCUAUAAACUUAAAUUUUUCCUAAUUUUAAACACAUUAACGAGAAAUACGGCAGAAACACCGAAGAGGGGGUGGGUGUAAUAAGAAAUAUACAAGUUCUUCGAAAAAUUUUGCCUCACUUGUCCAAAGGAUGUAGUACGUAUUUGAGGCUAAAUACGGAACUUUACAAUUUGGCAUCGUAUUUUUUGCCAAAAAUUUUAUACAUGAAGGGAUAUGACAUUUCACAUACACUGGAACUUGAUGUCAGUGCUCAUUUCCAUUGUUAGAAUCUUUAACAUUAAAUCCAUCUCAGAUUUAUUCUGUUUCUAAAAGUAUCAUGGAUUAUUCCCUCGAAAAAGUCCAGACUUGAAAGUUACUCCGAAGUUAGCACUCAGAAACGUGGUACUCUUCUCUGCAAAAGAGAAAGACCCACCCGUUUUCCUUAGGAUAUUUACAUUGGUUGAACUUGGUAAGCAUUUUUCUUAAGACGGAUGAUUUUGGCCAUUGCUUGUUCACAUGCCUUACCUACAUUAUUCAACGUUAAACUACAUGAAUUGGAGAUAAAUUUGACUUUUCCUUAAAUGUAUUGAAAUUAGAAGAAAGCAGUCUUCUAAGAUUUGGCAUCGUGUAUAUGUGAUUUUAACCGACGUUU